AUCAAACAUUUAUGAACAUGUUUUUUGGCCCCCUUUUGUGUUUUCUUUCCGAUUGAAAUUUGAAACAGAGAAAAAAUCAGCCAUGAAAAUCCAUUUUCAUGGGGGUUUGAAUAAAUACAGUUGAACACCAUUAACGAACGUAAAAAAAAGCUUCAUAUUAAUAUUUUGCUUCUCGCUCCGAUUUUGAAAUUUUAUUUGAGAUCUCUCUCACUGAGGUUUUCCCCACAAACUACUCCACACUGAAUUUAUUUCAGAAACCCUAUUCGAAAUUGAGAUUCAAUUCUUCGAGCCCGGCGUACUUAGAGAGAGAGAGAAUUUUUGGGGAGCAACUUCGUUUGCAGUAAUUAACGCUGCGCGUAAAUGAGGCGUCGAGGGUCAGAUUUCCGGCGGCCGGUGCGGCGGCGGAUUCCGAAUGUUUUCUGGUUAACGCUCUGCGGAUUGGUGAUUCUGCUCUUCAUUGUGCUCUUCAGCCGUGAGUCUCAGCAGCCCAGUUCGAGAUCGGUUUACACCAAGAGAAACCUUAGACAUGACAAAGUCAUGGAAGGCCUCAACAUCACAGAUGAAAUGCUGAGUCCCGAUUCAGUAACAAGGCAGCUCAACGACCAAAUCUCUCUAGCAAAGGCAUACCUCGUCAUUGCAAAAGAAAGCAACAAUCUACAAUUCGCAUGGGAACUCAGCGCGCAGAUUCGCAACUCUCAGAUCCUUCUCUCGAACGCCGCCUUAAGCAGAACUCCGCUAACAAUCACCGCCUCUGAAACCGCCAUACGUGACAUGGCGCUCCUACUCUUCCAAGCACAGCAGCUCCAUUACGACUGUGCCACCAUGAUCAUGAGACUGAAGGCCAAAAUCCAAACCCUCGAAGAAGAGAAAAAUGCCAUUAAAGAAGAGAGCUCGAAGCUCGGACAAGUGGCGGCAGAAGAAGUACCGAAGAGUUUGUACUGCCUUGGUGUUCGUUUGACCAGCGAAUGGUUCAAGAACGCAAAUUUAGCGACAAAAGUCAAAGAGAACCGACACACAGCCUUGAAAGUCAAAGACAACAGUUUGUAUCACUUCUGUGUAUUUUCAGACAACAUUUUAGCCACUUCGGUUGUGGUGAAUUCGACAGCUUCGAAUUCCAAAAAUCCUGAAAAGGUCGUUUUCCACCUCGUGACCGAUGAAGUGAAUUACGCAGCAAUGAGGGCUUGGUUUGCAUUGAAUAGCUUUGGUGGGGUCACUGUCGAUGUACAAAAGAUAGAAGAUUUCACCUGGUUGAACUCUUCGUAUGUACCUGUUCUUAAACAGCUUCAAGAUUCUGAUACACAGAGCUACUAUUUCUCGGGCAGUGGUGGAGAUAAUCGAACUCCGAUCAAGUUCAGAAACCCUAAAUACUUGUCUAUGCUAAACCACCUCAGAUUCUACAUUCCCGAGGUUUUCCCUGCCCUGAAAAAGGUUGUCUUUCUUGACGAUGAUGUUGUUGUCCAAAAAGAUAUUUCGCCUCUCUUCUCUUUAGACCUCAACGGCAAUGUUAAUGGUGCAGUCGAGACAUGUAUGGAGACAUUUCAUAGGUACCACAAGUACUUGAAUUACUCUCACCCGUUGAUCCGUGAGCAUUUCGACCCGGAUGCAUGCGGGUGGGCUUUUGGGAUGAAUGUGUUCGAUUUGGUCGAAUGGAGGAGAAGAAAUGUGACGGGUAUUUAUCAUUAUUGGCAGGAGAAGAAUGUGGACAGGACUUUGUGGAAACUCGGGACUCUCCCACCAGGUUUGUUGACUUUCUAUGGGUUGACCGAGCCUUUGAACCCGUCUUGGCAUGUGCUGGGAUUGGGGUACGCGAGUGUUGAGCAGGGUUUGAUAGACAAGGGGGCUGUGCUGCAUUUUAAUGGGAAUUCGAAACCGUGGUUGAAGAUUAGAAUCGAGAAGUAUAAAUCCCUUUGGGAUAAAUACGUUGAUUAUGGGCUUCCUCUUUUGCAACAGUGCAAUGUUCAUUAGCUGUUUUUUAAUGUGGAUUCUUUCUACGUACUACUCUGCUCGAGGCACAAGUUUUGGACCAAUCUUUUGUACACUCGAGGCAUUUUAGGAGGAGGUUACUGCAGCUACGAGGUACGAUGAACGGUAAGUGGUACAUUUGAUAGAUAGUUAUUCAGAAUUCGGUUUUUCGUUGUUGUAAUAUAGUGUUUUCAGCAUGUAGUUUCUCAUGUUAAAUCUCUAUGUGGGGUCUGUCCAAGAAUUUAUUGCGCGAAAUUUGAUUGGAGUCUCCUUUUUGAGCUUGGCUUAUGGGGUAUUAACGAUGAUGUUUCUCUUCCACAGAAUCAUAUUGUUUUGUUUAUUACAUUUUUUUUCUAUUUUUGUUUUUGUAUUUUACGUCUAUAUAAUAUUUCAUCGCUACAUGGCUAUAUAUGUUAUCGACAAUUUUGGCUCUC